GGUGUUUGUUUGAAGUUUUACUCUGUAGACUUUCCGAAAUAUAAAUCUAUUAAAUAACGUAUUUUUUGAAACUGGUCAUAAGGUAAUUACGCUUGAGGUUUCGGAAAUAUAAAUCUAUUCAAGAAGGGAUUUUGUGUGGGAAAACUUUUUUGAUGAUCUGUUGCUGUCUGUUGCUACGGUUUUGGGUGGAGUUUAAGUAAUGUAGAUCUUUGGCGGCAUUCUUAUUGUUGAGAUUAUAUGUGAUCAUGCGCUCUUUAGAAAAGAGAAGCUGCAUAGUUCAAAAAUAUUUUUGCAUAAGCGGACAGUGUAUAAAGUUGUGAUGAGAAAUGGAUUUCACGUGAUUGAGUUUGGUUGCAAUCGUGUACAACUUUUUAGUCAUGAUUAUGAUGGUAUUCCAGCGUAAUGUAGCAUUUAUUCAUUAAGAAAUGGAUUUAUUUCAUAUCUCACCUGGUAGUAAUCUGUAGAAUCAAAUUUUCAUAAAUUUGAUGAUUAGGGGAAGAAAGAUCGCCCAAGUUGAUACUUUAUUAUUAUCAACUGUUUAAUGUUUAUUCUAGAUGUAAUUCUUGUGUCAGUUUCCAAGUUCUCAACUGUCCUCAUUUGUACAAAACACAGGUGUAAGCAGCUUUUUGUCUUGUAUCAGUUAUGAGUCAUACAUUUUGUGUGUCUCAUGAUGUUCUGCUACCUUAGUUCUUCAAAGUGUCCAAUUAAAUUAACUGUUAAAUCAGAAAUUGCUCAGCAUUCCAUCUAGGGAUCUGUUUAAACAAUUAAAAAGCAUGUCAGAUGGAUAAUUUUUUUCGACGAGUUAAUAUGUUAGUGAAGUAUUUGACAAUUGUCUGUAGCAGUACAGUUUACACUGCACAAACUCUUAUUAAUUUGAUGAAGUCAUCUUAAACUCUUUACGCUUAUCCAAGUUGAACAAGGUUCCAGAGAAAAGAAAUGAAGCACUGACAUAAUUCUUGGUUCCAAGUAAGACAAGGAAGCAGUGACAUUUGUGUAUGCCUGCCUUACAAUGCUUCAUAAUGAUAGGGAUUUAAAUCCCAAGUAGUUGGAAAUCAAAUCUUUGUGUCACUGUCUUGGUGUGCAGGGCUUGGUAUGUCAAUUUUACACAGGUCUGUAUCUUCAGAACAUUAACCAAGCAAAUUUAUUCGGUGAAUGAGCUUUAAAUUUUUGUCAUCACGUAAUAUUUUGUGUAUCAAUGCAAAAGUUGCAGAAAGGAGCUCAUUCCAGUUGCAAAUGGCCCUUGUGGGCUUGAUUGAUGUUGUGAGGAUUUAUCUUUUUACUGAUAGAAAAGGAAACAAAGAAUUUUGUGUUGCAUGCUAUUUUUUAUCAUCAUCUAUUAACAAGCAAAGGAUGCUGAACUUUUUAAUCUUUGUCCUUUCUCCUUAAGAUUCAUCGAACUGGAAAGUUAUCCAAAAAGAGUGGUAGGUCUUUAACAACUUUUUGACCCAUAUUAUGGCAGCACCGUUUGCAUUUCUGUUGUGCUAUAUUACUGUUGCAUGUAAAGGCAUCACAAUCUUUUACCUUAUGAAUUAUAAGUGGAUACCAUAUCAUUCAUCGUUUUUUCUUUUUUAUUGUAUCAUUCAUGUUACACUCAUCUAAUUGGACUGUUAACUUAUAUCGAAAUCUUUCCCGUAAAUAUUAUAGCUUCUCAAUUUACUUCAUUAACUUUCUCACUAAAAGCACAUUUCUAUGACACAUGCCAUUCCUUUUUGUUAUUUGUUUAAUUUGUGAAAUGGGUGGUGUAGUCAACUGUUUGAAGCUUGUUAACAUUUAUUUAUUGUUAAUUUGGAAAAAUCCUAUCUGCCUUUAAUCAUGAACUAUGUUUGGUAUUUUGCAACUCAAGUUCAGAAAAUCCACGUAUUGAUAUCUUUGGAGAAUGCCUCAAUGAGAAAGAUCAUCUGGCUUUGGGACUGCACAGAACCUCUUGAAAUCUGCUAUAGUUAUAAUAUGUUCAUCUUUGGAACCUUUGGGUUUUUUGGGUGUUGAAUAAUCUUUUCACAAUAAUAUAAUUUAUUUAUUUAUUUAUUUAUUUUAGCAUUGUGCUUCUAGUUUUAUUUGUUUCACUUCCUAUUUCAUAUAUGUUUGCCGUAGUAGAAUUCGACUUCCAUUAUCUUUGAUGUUCCUAGUAAUUUGAAUGAUUUGUUUCUCCCACGUAAUUUUCUCUGUUGACUUUUUUCUAGUUUAUUCUAGUUUUGUUUAGCUCUAAUCAUUGCUCUGUUGUCCAUAUAAGUUGCACCUUCUUUCAUUGCAAUGCCUGAUGCCAUCUCAGGUUCAUAAUUCUUGGCAAAGGGAGCAUCUUGCAUCUCGACUUCUUUCUGUUCAUCAUUCCAUCUAUAACAAUGGAAGCUAGUGAUGCUGAGCCCAUGAACACAGAAAUAACACCACCAACUUCAAGGCGCAGGAGAAAGAAGUCAAUGGUGUGGGAACACUUUACUAUUGAAACUAUAUCCGGUAGUUGUACACGGGCUUGCUGCAAACUAUGCAAACAAACCUUCGCAUACAGUAAUGGCUCAAAAGUAGCAGGUACUAGCCACCUCAAAAGACACAUUGCUCUGGGUUCCUGUCCCAAAAUUAAAAAUCUGGAAAAGCAACAGCUUGCUCUUACUUCGGAUACAAAAGCUGAUGGAGAUACAAUUGAGCCAACCAAAAGACGCUACAGAACAUCUAGCUUUGGGUACGCUUUUGAUCAGGAACAGAGCUGCGCAUAUCUUGCAAAGAUGAUAAUUGUUCAUGAAUACCCACUUCAUAUGGUUGAACACCCUGCAUUUCUGUCAUUUGUUCAAAGUAUCCAACCACGAUUUAAGAUGAUUGAUGUCAACGCCAUGGAAGGUGAAGUCUUAUCUGUAUAUCACAAGGAAAAGCUUAACCUCAUGCAGGUCUUAGGAACUUUACCUGGAAGGAUCAGCCUAACUAUAGGUUUGUGGACAACUAGUCAGACUCUUGGUUAUAUUUGCCUUAGUGGGCAGUACAUAGACCUUGACUGGAAGUUGCAUAGAAGAAUGCUUAAUUUCAUGAUGGUAGCGUCUCCUCAUUCAGAAAAUGCUCUUAGUGAAGUUAUUAGUGUUAGUCUUUCAGAUUGGAAUAUGAAGACUAAGUUGUUCACUAUCACUCUGGACAACAAUUGUUCAUCACAUGACAUCUAUAGUGCUAAUCUUAGAGAUCAUCUCUCGAACAAGAACACACUUGUGCUGAAAGGUCAGUUGUUUGUUGUACGCUGUUAUGCCAAUAUCCUGAAUGUAGUUGCCCAGGAUGUGAUUGCUUCAAUUCAUGGUAUUGUGUACAACAUCCGGGAGAGUGUGAAAUUUGUAAAAGCUUCUCCAGCUCGUGAAGAAAAAUUUUCUGAGAUUGCCUUACAAAUUGGAAUUCCUGGUACAAAAGCUCUUUCUCUUGAUGUUACAACAUUAUGGAACACGACUUAUAUCAUGUUGGAUGCUGCCUUGGAAUACAAAGAGGCAUUCACUUUCUUAGAAACAUGUGACGAUAACUAUAAUGAAGCACCAUCAGCUGAUGACUGGAAGAAGGUGGAGGUUGUUUGCACAUAUCUGAAACUUUUGUAUGAAUCUGCAAACACAGUCAUGGCGACAAUAGAUCAAACUGCAAAUAUAUUUUUCCAGGAAGCUUGGAAAAUCCAGCUAGAACUGACUAAUGCAACAUUGAGUCAAGACCUGAUGGUGAGCAGCAUAGCUAAGGAGAUGCAUGAAAAGUUUGACAAAUAUUGGAAAGAUUGCAGCCUUGUUUUGGCACUCGCUGUGGUGAUGGACCCUCGUUUCAAGAUGAAGCUUGUUGAGUUCAGUUUCGCAAAGAUUUAUGGUGAAGAUUCUGCCAGAUACGUCAAGGUGGUUAAUGAUAGUAUUCAUGAGUUAUAUAUCGAGUAUGUUGCGCAGCCACUUCCUCUGACUCCUGCAUAUAUAGAUCAAGGGGAGGCCAACCAUGUAAAUGGCAAUGACAACAAUCCGCAUACAACUCCAAAUCCCAUGGGAGAUGGGCUUCUAGACUUUGAUAUCUAUCUUUCUGAGACGGCAGUGAAUCAGGCAACAAAGUCCGAGUUAGACCAGUACUUAGAAGAGUCCCUUGUCCCACGUAUCCAAGGGUUUGAAAUCCUGAACUGGUGGAAGCUCAACAAUCUCAAGUAUCCAAUUCUAUCCAAGAUGUCUAAAGACAUAUUAGGCAUUCCAGUGUCCAUUGUGGGUACAGGAUGUUCCAUUUUUGGCUCAGGGACUGGAAGCAGAGUACUUGAUGAGUAUCGGAGUUCCUUACGUCCAGAGACAGUGGAGGCUCUCUUUUGUGCGAAAGAUUGGCUCCAGUAUUUACCCACCUUUACAGAGUCACCAUCAACCAUGUUUGCCAAACUGGAAUUCUAGCUUAUCCAUUAAAAUAUGUCUAUUGUAGCAUUAUGGAUAAGUGCAUGAUUAGACAAGGUUUGUCACCUCUGACUGGUAUUUUGAGAUCAGGAAAUCGGAUUCUACAGCCAACUGUUUCUCCAUUACCUUAACUUAUCUGUAGUCUCCAUUAGCAUGUUUUACUCUUGUCCAAGAUUUCAUCUUCUGAGGCUGCUGCUGAUUUGCUGUUAGUGAUUAUCCAGGAUAUACUAUUUGGUAAUGCCAUGUAGCCUAGAUAUGUAUAUUUGUGUUUCGAUCUUAGAGUAUGCCCUUUCUCUCUAUUAUCAAGGGGUCAUAUGCCAGUUGACAAUGUCUGAUCAAAUAUAUUUGUAUGCUUGAUAUUUCUCUCUA